AUGCAAGAUAAUGUCAACAACUACUUUGGCACCGCUCCUGAUCACGGUUCUCUCACCGGUCCUGUCCUGGGGCAAACAAAUGUCACCAGGCACGGUACCCUCCGGCUGACUGAAGCUACCGCGGACGACUACUGGUUAUCGAGUCUGGGAAGUGCUGGACAGAUGCCCUUUGCAGACUCCGGAUACCAAUUCUUCCGCAAUGUCAAGGACUUCGGCGCGGUCGGCGAUGGCGUUACUGAUGAUACGGCAGCUAUCAACCGCGCCGUGGCCGCCUUCAGCUCCACCGACCUGACCACCUUGCGGUGCGGGAAGGAUUGCGGUUCCACAUCUACCCAGGGGGCUGUAGUAUACUUCCCUGCCGGGACCUACCUCAUCAGUACUCCCAUUGUUCAGUAUUAUUAUACCCAGUUCGUGGGUAACCCCAAUACCAAGCCCACUAUCAAGGGUUCCGAAAACUUCACGGGUAUCGCCUUGAUGGAUUCCGACUUCUACAUUCCCGGGGGGUCAGGUUCGGAAUGGUACAUCAACCAGAGCAAUUUUUAUCGUCAGAUUCGUAACUUUGUGUUCGAUAUGACCGGUAUGAAUUGGACCAAUACCGAUAAUGGACAAACGUACGUGCCCGCAGGUGUCCAUUGGCAGGUCGGGCAGGCAACCUCGAUCACCAACUGCGAUUUCAAAAUGGCCGUCUCCACAGCGGAUCAAUCGGCAACAGCAGUGGGUAUCUACAUGGAAAAUGGUAGUGGCGGAAUGGUAUCGGACCUGACAUUCACGGGCGGGAACAUCGGCUUCCUCGCGGGUAGCCAACAGUUCACUGCAAUUAAUCUACAAUUCACCUCUUGCUUGACCGCCAUCAAAUCGGUGUGGAACUGGGGCUUCACAUGGAAGAACAUCUAUGUCUUGUCUUGCUACAUUGCCAUUGAUGCGACUGAGUAUUCCGGGGUUGGAGACCAGGGUACAGGUUCAAUUGCGGUAGUAGAUUCACACUUCAACGGAGUGCCAUACGCAAUCACGAUUGCUGAAAAGGAUGAUCAACGCCCGAGUAUCGUUCUCGAUAAUCUGCUUGUCGAGGACUCUGCAGCUGUGGUUCUCGUCUCCGGUGGUGACACAAUCCUGGCUGGAUCGACAGCUGCCCAGUACUUCAACUCCUGGGUUAGUGGUUACCAAUAUCUUCCUGAUGGGUCCGGUAGCAAGAUGACCAGUUUUGUGAAUCCUGCACCGGAUAAGCCGUCGUCUCUACUUGACAGCUCCGGUGCCUACUUCCGCAAAGCCAAGCCUCAGUACGAAGGAGAGACUCCAGUGGUUGCAACGGACAACGGUAUCUCUAACGAUGGUACGGGUGAUCAGUCAUCUGCCAUUAAUUCUCUGCUUGAAAGUCAUGUGGGCUCUGUUAUAUACUUCCCCGGUGGUGUCUAUCUCGUGGAAAGCACAGUCAAAAUCCCGGUAGGGAGCAAGAUCAUUGGCUCUGGCUGGAGUCAGAUUAUGGGAACUGGAUCAGCAUUCGAGGACGUUGACAACCCCACUGUGGUAGUCCAAGUCGGUGAUUCAGGAGAUGAAGGAGUCAUCGAGAUUACGGAUAUGCUUUUCACCGUCAAAGGCGCCACUGCUGGGGCGGUCCUGAUGGAAUGGAACGUACAUGAAAGCACACAGGGAAGUGCUGCUAUGUGGGACAGCCACUUUCGGGUUGGCGGUGCUACCGGGAGCAACCUUGGACUGUCUGAAUGCCCAACAGGUGGUUCAGUUAAUACUGACUGUAUGGCUGCAUCACUGCUGAUGCACGUUACCAGCUCAGCUUCUGGUUACUUUGAGAACGUAUGGGCCUGGGUGGCUGAUCAUGACCUUGAUAGCCCCUUGAAUGCGGCUGCCUCGGAAAGUGAUGCUGGUAUUCCCUUGAAUGUGGAAACUGAUAUUUCGGUUUACGCCGGCCGUGGUAUCCUGAUCGAGUCACAAGGUCCCACCUGGCUCUAUGGAUCCGCCAGUGAGCAUUCCCAGAUGUAUCAAUAUCAAUUGGUGGGUGCGUCAAACAUCUACCUGGGACACAUGCAAACUGAGACCCCGUAUUACCAACCUAACCCCAACGCCUUGAGUCCCUACACGGCGGGGACCUUCCCAUCGGACCCGACUUAUUUGGAAUGCACAGACGACCUUUGUAAAGGCGCGUGGGCUCUUCGUGUUCUGAACUCCACAGAUGUUUUUAUAUAUUCGGCUGGGUUCUAUUCCUUCUUUCAGGAUUAUGACGAGAGCUGCAUUGAUGAAGAAAGUUGCCAGCUUGCCUUGAUCGAAACCAACUUCGCAGAUGGCCUGUGGAUGUAUAACAUCUUUACAAAGGGUAAUGUCCAAAUUGUCAGUCCUCAGGGUGGCCUACCAGCCUUGCUAUUCAACUCCACCACAAAGAACGGCUUUACAAGUGAGAUUGCGGCAUGGCUCGCCCUAUCAACAGGAGGCACAGAUGUUGGAUCUAGCGGCAAUGACUCCGGCAUCGUCUACGUUGAUCCUAUCAUCUGGGGCGAGCCUACUGAUAGCACCAAUGUAUCCUGCUAUCCUCCUUGCACAUAUAUCCUGCCACCAAUGGUGCUGCCCACCAACACCACAUUCAAUUAUCCUCCUAUAGUCACAGGGAUCGGUGUGGGAUAUAUGAACCCCACAUCCUAUGUUUAUCUGGGCAACACAACCACAACAUCGUCAUACAUCAUGAGCUCCACUACUACCACCCUCAAUAUUCCUCCAGUCAUUGGGCCAACCAUUUCAUGGUGGCCCGUCCCUAUUGGCGCGAAUGUCACCACGACAACAGUGAUCACACCGACCCCAAGUAUCAUUCAGUCGGCUUUCAAUAUCAGUUGGCCACCAUACAGCCACAACGGAACAACAUUACCAGGAACCGUGGUCCCAUUUUACCCACCUCCAUGGCCCGGCUUUGAACCGUCUUCCACUUCAGGAGGCGCGACUUGGGUUACCGGGGAACCUACCACUGGGAACCAGGCGACUUCAACGGAAACUGGCGGAGGAGGUACCAAGACCACCGAUGGAGGAGGAACCAAGACGACUGGCGGUGGCACUGAUGAUGACCACCACCAUCAUCAUCAUGUCACGCACCACAAGGGCCCUUCUUCCCCGAAGUGCACAGACAAAGCACUCUGUGGGGGAGACUGCCACCAGGGAAUUGGGGGUCUUCUUAAUGACGUGUUCCAUGUUUGUACACGGUGCUGGACCGGAUGCGGAGGGUCAAAUUCUCCCAAUAAGGAUCCCAACAACCCUAAUAAUCCUAACAAGCCAGGACGAUCUUCCUCCAAGUCCUCUUCCUCAGAGUGUGAGACGGCCACUUACAGUUCUUGCAGCACCGCUUGCAUUACGGGGAGCUCCACUAGUUCUUGUUCAUCUACUUGCAAAGACAUUGUUGGCUGUGAUACCACCGGAACCUCAACCUAUGGCACAUAUACCCUCCCGCCUAUUUUAACCGGCGUUCCCGAGCUGUGGACCGAUUAUCCAGAUGAUGCUUCGACUGACCUGGACGCUGACUGGGAGGAUGGUGCUACAUUGUGGAGUCUGUACCACAAUUUACCUACUGCCACUUCUACCUCUGGGUCUAGCUCUAGCACUGGUACUGGCUCUGGCUCUGGCUCCAGUUCGGGUUCUGGUUCUGGCUCCACUUCUGGUUCUGGUUCUGGUUCUGGUUCUGGUUCUGGUUCUGGUUCUGGUUCUGGUUCUGGUUCUGGUUCUGGUUCUGGUUCUGGUUCUGGUUCUGGUUCUGGUUCUGGUUCUAGCACAGCGUCUAGUUCCGGCUCCAGCUCGGGUUCUGGUUCUGGUUCUGGCUCCGGCUCUGGGUCUGGGUCUGGGUCUGGGUCAGGUACAAACACUGAAACCCCAACCACAACAAAACCGGCUACUGUCAGUACAGUCACCGCCGUGGUGAUUGAAACCAAAACUGCGACUACUACGUACGACACCACAUUGGGCUGGGUGGACAUCUUCGCCCAGUGGAGACUAGAAGAACACAACAUCGCUAUUAGUGACUACGACAUUGGAUUCUACACACCCUCUGCCACGAUCGAGGUUUGCGAAGCGAAAUUCAGUUAUGUUUAUGGUGCUCCCUCUCCUAGACCAAAGAAGUGGUCCGACAUCCCACAAAGCGUGACGUUUUUCUCCAAGCUUACAGUCCUGGGUUCCAAGUACAGUGACUGUAUAUACACUAACGCAGCUGCUCCGAGCACUGGCGAUGGCGGUACGGUCUCGUGCUCUGGCUUCGAGGCGGCCUGCGCUGUGUCCACGGGGUCCGUCCUUGGUUGCAAUGCCGAUGCCCUUAUCGGUUGGGACACCAGUGUCAAGCCGCUUAUUAAUUGUCCAGUAACCUCGCAGACCAGCUCAGAGUAUACCUAUACGACAUCGGUCACGGUGCGGUCGACAAUGUCAUGAUUGCUUCUGGUCAUUUGAUCGGAUCGUGUCUUCCUGUUUCUUGCUACGCGUGUACACUAGUCGUCGGGAUUAUUUUAAUACCAAU